UAUAUUUAAAAGGUUAUCAGAAAUGUUUAAAACUAACUUUUGAUUAGGAAAACCACACGCGUUCAUGUUUGAGGAUCAUUUAGAACAUUUUAUACUUUUUAAUUUCAACAUUGCUUCAUGAUCGACUUUGAGAACCGGCACACAGAUGCAUCCUGUGAGUUUAUAACUGGGUUAUCGUAACUUUAACUAUCACUAUAAAAGCGAAGCCGGACAUGAGUGAUCCAAAGCCGAAUUUACGCCUGGAGCCAAUAAAAGAAGAUGACAUUGUGGAUUUUACAGCAUCUCCAAACUCACAACAAAAGUCCUCACUUCUUGAGACAGUUAGUCCAAAACUGAACUUCAAAUUCUUUCCGAAGUCGACUUCGUUGUUCCGACUGAAAUGUACUGCAUCAAAGUUAGGCUUAGAUAACAGGAGACCCAGUAUUGAAGCAUGGAAAGAAAGAUAUAAGGGAAGAAAAUCAAUAAAUGAUGACUUUGAAAAAGAUGAUGAUUUGGAAAUAAAUGGUGAAUUUUCAAAAGGAAAGAUAAAAUCUAUUAACUCCUCACUGGAAUGGCUGAAAUCAGAACUUACUGAAAUGAAGAAACAGGACCAAUCAUUGGCAUCACAAUUUCUAAAAAUAAAGAAAGCAAUAUAUAAACUGAAACUAGAAUGGAGUUGCCUCGACCACCAAUGUAUGAUCGAAGACGCAGAAACUGAUAUAGACGCAUUAGAUGAACUGAGAAGAGUGACCGAUCUACCACUUCAGUCUGAGAUUGAUCUUUCAUUGAAAGAGAAAGGAUUUACUAAAUUUAAUGUGUCAAAUAGAAGAUAUUCCAUGGCAUAAAAAUAUCAAAUCAGUUCUUUCUCUCUAUCAUAUGAUAUCGACAGCGCCGUUUUGUAACCGUACAGUUUCAUUUAUUUCACAUUAAAUCAUGUGUCAACUUUUUCGUUUUCAGUGUAGAACUCGAGUUUCAAUAAUUCGUUCACUGUCAAUUCAUGAUGUUAAAGAUCAUACACCGAAAUUUGAGCUAUCUCUAGAAUAAUGUUAAAAAGGGGUUGUCGAUUUUGUUUUAAUGUUUUCUUUCUAUUUGAAGUAUAACACACUUUGGAAAGGUAUUUCUACUACGAUUAUUCAACGCCAAAUAUCACACAUGUCACAGUGCAGAGGUCGAAGAACCAUAACAAUAAAAACAAAAUUACACAGAAAAGUAAAGACACAAAUAAAGGUCAUAUAAAGCUGCUGAAAGGUAGGCAGCCCCUGUUACAGUAGUGUCAAUUAUCCUAGUGUCGUUCAUGUCCAUUUGCAAUUCAGUGAUAAAUCUAAUUCGGUGAUGUCACAAUCAAAUGAAGAGGAUAGAGUUUUGGUUACAACAAUAUUAUAAGACAUUCAUUGUCGUUUGUGAUACGAUAUUCCAUACAGAUAAUAAAUACGUUCGUAAUGAAAUGGAAUCAGUUGGCAAAUAAUACCAUAUAUAAAAAAAAGAUGUGGUAUGAUUGCCAAUGAGACAACUCUCCACAAGACACCAAAAUGACACAGAAAUUAACAACUACAGGUCAUCGUUUGGCCUCCAACAAUGAACAAAGCCCAUACCGCAUGGUCAGCUAUAAAAAAAAAACGAAAUGACAAUGUAAAUCAAUUCAAACGAGAAAACUAAUGGCCUUAUUUAAAAAAAAAUGAACGAGAAACAAAUAUGUAACAUAUAAACAUAGACAACUACAAAAUUACAGGCUCCUGUCUUUGGACAGGCACAUACAUACAUAAUGUGGCGGGGUUAAACAUGUUAGCGGGAUCCCCAGGCUUGAUGUAAACCUACAGUUUGCGGUGAGUAUGGACUUUUCUCAUUGUUGAAGGCUGUGAUGUGACCUGUAGUUGUUAAUUUCUGUGUCAUCUGGUCUCAUUGACAUUCAUACCACAUCUUCUUUUUUAUAUUUACAAUGCAUUUUACAAUAUCAUUUAAAUUUCAAACGAACAUAUUUCUUGCAAUCUUAAAUAAUCGGCACUGAUAUUUGAACUCGUUUUAGGCAUAGCUGAAGUUAAUUUUUUUACGUUACUUUUGUUAUAAAUCGGAUAAGAAAUGCAAUUAUUCAUAUAUUUCUUUAUCCAAAGGCUAGUGGCUAGUGAGUUGCCAUAGAUGGCCGUUCAGCUUAUGUUGCGUUCAUUCAAGUUAUUAUAUUGUGUGAAUCUGUUGGAUUAGUUUUAGUGUGAAGAACACACCCAUGUUAAGUAAGUCCGUAUACAAUGAUGGUCAUUCAUGAGCGUAA